AUGUCUUCCCAGGCUACUAGAGACUCAUUCAGUACACCAAAUGAUAAGCCACAGAGCAAAAGACGUCGAGUCUCCUUGGCGUGCUCUGCUUGCAGGGCACGGAAGUCACGUUGUGAUGGGGUGCGACCAAAGUGUUCUGCCUGUGAGGAGCUAAACUUUGAAUGUGUGUAUACACAAUCCUCCUCGACAUCCAACGUUAUAGUGGGCAAGGAGUAUCUGGGCUUGCUCGAGGAUAGAUUAAAGGCCGUUGAAGACAGUCUUGCGGCUGUAAAAGCUCAACAAGCAAGGCCGCAGCGGCAAAUCCGAUUUGAUGACGAAGAAACUGGACUCACCAAUCCGCCCGACGCUGUGCCUGGAACCAGGCAACUAAAUCAACAAGGAAAUGGCGUAGAUUUAGACGAUGAUGAAUCCCAGGACUCCCCUGAUAUUAUCGAUGAAACUGACGGCAUGGGUGCGGUAACUUUCAGCGCCGAGGAAUAUUGCGGCUUCUUUGGUCCAUCGUCGAACAUCUCCUUCACCCGUCAUAUAUCCCGGGCAGUCGCUCGAUUUUCUCAUAUCGCCGAACCAAUUUUCACUCCAGAUAAUUUCGAGGAGCGCGGAUUCCAGCUCAACAGUGGCGUUGUCAGCGUGUCUCAACCAUCAUCUCCACCUGGUCGCGAUAUGAGGCGGCAAAACUAUGGUCUUGACCCAGGUCAUAUCAAUAUAUACGCGUUACCGUCAGAGACAAAAGCGCGUCAGCUUUUAGCACAAUAUUUCUCCGACACGGGAUUUCUAUUCCCCUAUUUGCAUGAAGAGACAUUCAUGAAGACCUACGAUGAGAUGCAGAAAAAAAAUAUAACGAAGGUCAGGAGGACAUGGCUGGGAUUGCUCAAUAUUGUGAUGGCGCUUGCAACGAGCACCGCUGUCGAGAAUGGUCUGAAUUCUGAUCAACGGAGUCUUGAGUCUGAUAUCUACUACCAGCGGGCUGUGGUUUUAUGUAACGAGCAAAUAAUGCGUGGGACGAGUCUAGAAGUUGUUCAAUAUCUUCUAGUCAUGGGUCAGUAUCUGCAAGGUACUCAAAGAUCUAUCGAGACUUGGACGAUACACGGACUUGCAGUUAAAGCUGCUCUGCAGCUUGGGCUACACUCAGUUGAAGCUUCUCGACGAUUUUCCCCGCUGGAUCAAGAGAUUCGAAAAAGAACCUGGUACGGGUGUAUUGUCCUGGAUCGUACGUUAAGUAUGACCUUUGGUAGACCUGCAGCCAUUCCCAACGACUAUGUCAAAAUCGGACUCCCCCGCCACAUCCAUGAGGUUAUCGAGCCAUCGUCACCAGCCGAUCCAACGCAAGACUCUCUGGCACGGCUCAGUGUAAAUUUUUUCAAUGCAACGAUUACGCUUUACAAAAUCAUGUGGGAUGUUAUAAAUGCAUCGUAUGGUAGCAAUCUUGGUUGCGACGACUCUACCAACAUCUUUGAUACUGUAUCCCAUCUAUUCAAAAUGGAGCAACAGCUUGUUGAGUGGGAGGCGUCGCUUCCGCCACCUCUGGCGCUCCGUCAAGCAGCCGACGUCUCAGCUGCAAUUCCUUGUUCAGGUGGGAUAUCGCCUUUGCUCGAAAAGUGCCAGAUAAUUCUGACAUUGCGCCAUCAUAAUCUGCGUAUUCUCCUCCACCGUCCCAUUCUGGUAAAGUUUCUGAGUCUGGUGGGAAGAGGUAACUUUGACAUGGAUUUUCAGGAAACCAAUCUCCUUCAACAGUUGGGGGGUAACAGUGUCCGGAUUUGUGUGGAAUCGGCUACUGAAAUCAUAGCUAUCAUUCACACUAUCGUGACCUCUCCCAAUCCUCGCCGGAUGUGGCUCGGAGCUUGGUGGUUUAGUUUAUACUAUGCUUUCAAUGCAGCCCUAGUAAUCUUUGCAGCGUUGAUAUUAUCGCAUGAUCAGACCCUUAAAGCCUCUAUACUGCUGCCAGUAUCGCUACCGGCUACAGGUCUGCAAAAGACGCUUGGGGAUGCGGCAGUGGAUUUACAACUCCUAGACGUCGGCAAUAGGAUGGUUGAGAGAUGCGCAAGGUAUCUGGAACAACUCUCUGGAGAUAAUCAAAAUCUAACGAUCAUAGUAGUUACACCUUCGGCCAUGCCUCCUUUCCCAAGUAGAGGAGGGGAUGAUCCGGCAAACCAAGGGCUUCAACAAAAUUACAACCUAGGGCUAGAUCGGAUAGGGAAAAAUGCCUCACAAGGCUACUCCAGUGGUAUGACGUCGAAUAUGUCACCGCUAGGCAUGGAUUUAGGUGAAUUCAUGUUGGAAGGAGACAUCGAGUUUAUGAAUCAACUGGCUGGCAUGGGCCAACCCAUAGCCAUGGGAAGGAAUAUGAGCACUAGUGGUAAUCUCAGUUCACAAGAUGCACAGAAUUUAGGGAUAGACGAAGCGGCGGGAAUAUGA